GCCUGCAGGGGGCGCUGCCGCUCCUCCUGCUCAUUCAUUUCUCCUCCCUCAGAGGAACAUGGCGGACCGGAGCUGCGGACGCUGCUUGGCCCGAGCUUCUGGCCAUUAGGGCGCAGCACACAGAUAAUCGGUCACCGUGGAUGUGCGCCAAGGGGACACUGUGGAAGUGGGCCGAGGUUAACCACGUACCGGGUAUUUAUAUUUUUGUUUUUUCAUCUUCCUAACGUGUGAAAAUCAGCCGACCUGGGAGCCACAAAAACAAGUGAACAUGAACGAGAAAGUUGUCUGCAGCCCUCAUUCAGUCACAGUCUUAAGCUGCACUAAGUCCAGAUCAGCAGUUCGCAAUGAAAAGAUGAGCUUCAGGCUGACACAGGAGGGAAAGUGUUCUCCCGUUUGCUCCCUGCAGAGCGAUGCUCCAAGUCAGGAUGAGAGCAGGAUAACAGAUUCCAUCAGCGCCACACCAAGAGACUGUAUGGCUGAUUUCACAGAGACAGAGAGUAGCUACAGCCGGUGCUCACCCUUUUGGUCUACUGAAAAAUUGUCACCUCCACAGCUCCACUGUACACAGGUCUGCCUUCGCUCCUCUUCUGAGCUUCCCAUGCCCUUCAAUAACAGCUUAUCACACAGUCCUCUCCACGCCAACAACAACAACGGCAGUACGCUCUACAGCCAUCAGAGGAGAGGAGCCCGGGCCAAAGUCACAGGAAAGAAAUCACGAGGAAUGGCAAAAGGAAAAAACGCUCAGAACAGAAAAGUUACUGACUUCUUUCCAAUUAGAAGAAGCUCAAGAAAAAGUAAAACAGAACUCAAGUGUGAACAAAAGAAGCUGUUAGAUGACCUCAUCACAAAUGGAAUAGAGGAGGGAAUGGAGGUUCAGCAUAUAGAAGGAAAGGGGAGGGCCGUGUUUGCCACUCGGUGUUUCCAGAAAGGUGAUUAUGUUGUGGAAUAUCAUGGAGACCUGCUGCAGAUCACUGACGCUAAGAAGAGGGAGGCCGAGUAUGCUCAGAACCCGGCCACAGGCUGCUACAUGUACUACUUCCAGUACCUCUGCAAAACAUACUGUGUGGAUGCUACGAAAGAGACAGGUCGAAUGGGUCGGUUGAUAAAUCACAGUAAAACCGGGAACUGUCAAACCAAACUCCACGACAUCAGCGGCAUUCCUCACCUCAUCCUCGUUGCCUCCAGAGACAUUGACAAAGGCGAGGAGUUACUUUAUGACUACGGAGAUCGCAGCAAAGCCUCCAUUGCUGCACACCCUUGGCUCAAGUACUGAUGAAGAGUGGGGUUCUUAAAACAAAAUAGUCAAGGGAAGUGGGKUUUUUUUAUAUUGUGUAAAAAAUGCCUUAGAACCAGAAUUUGUGCCCUUUUUUGUUGUAAUGCAGAGGAAGCUGGAGGUGGGUCAUCGGGUACUUGUUACAUUUUCAUUGAGGUCCAACUAUACUAUUAUUUAUAUGUGUCUCUAAAACAUUCUGGUGGUUUGCCAGCACAUUUCUUUUGUACAGUUUGUACUCCUGAAGACCAGUGUCUCUACAGCAUGCAGGCAUUUUUAUGCAUUUUUAUAAACUAUUUUUUUUAAAUAAGUUACUUGGUGAUGCUUUACGGUUAAAGGCCCUGAGCUCCUUUGAGAUCAACAAGAACAAGUGAUUCACCGUACGAUGGUUCGGUUCACAUUUUUAGGGUUGAACAACAAAAAACCUUCUCAAAAAAUUGAAAACUGUUGUCAUGUUGAAAUGUGAAGUUAGCUUGAACAUGCACAGUUCAGAAUAACUGGUAUAAAUACAUAGUUUUUGUUAAGUUUAAUGUAUUUUUAAUAAUAUAAAACAUACAUUUGAAUUCUGGUGUAGAAAAUUUUGAGAAAAAAACGCAGAAGAAUCUUCUGGAUGUGUUUGAAGACGAGCGUUUGUGAAGAUUUCUAAAGAUCUUUUGCGCUCAGCCUCGUGUCCUUCACUGGAUACUCAGUGCGUUAAUUUUAUUCUCAGAUUUUCCUGUCGCAGCAUUCUUUGACACAAGCACACGUAACAAAUCAACAAGUGAACCUGUCACACUCAGCUGAUCUGUUGGCAGAUUCCAGACCAGUUUCGUUCAGGUCCUAGUUUGAUUAGAAAGACAUAAAAAAAGAGACUUUUUGUCAGGUUGUGAUGACUGGACAGAAAAAAGAAAGUAAAAAUGUAAGCACUCUUCUAAUAACAAACCAAGUGUUAUUAGAAGAACUUAGGUUCAAAUAUUUGGUUUCAUGGAUCAGAAAUUCUCAGUCUAGUGCUGAAGGUACUUUUAUCAGACUUUGAUUUUUUUUUUUUAAUGGAGAGGAGUGGCUAAUCUCUGAGAUUAAACUUACAUAAAGUAAACAUGAGGCAUGACAUGAAAAAAUCUGUAGCAGUCCUAAUUAAUAAUAAACGUAAAAAAAACCAAGUAAACCAAACAGCUAAAUGACAAUCAGAAAAUAUUUGAAAGCAUUAGUGAAUGAGAAAAAAAUUAAGAAGCCAGUAGUAAAACCAGCUGUGUUUGUCUUUAUAAAAGAAAAAUCUUGAAAUCGAGUUUUUGUGAAACAGAGGGUAUAAUUAUAAAGAAGAGUAAAUAAAGGUGAAAACGUUAAUGUUUCUGUUGAUCCGUACUCCAACUACACCCAGUUUGUGUUGGUAGUUUUGGCGAAAUGUUUCCAGUUUUUAACCCCAAAGUUAUUUUGAUCAAAGCCAGCUGUUUAAACCACCACAGAGGUUUUAUUUUACUCUCAAUUUCAAGUGUAACUUUUCAAUUUUAUUUAUUUUCAUUAGAUUUUACUACACAUUUUCAGCUGAAUUAUGUGCAUUUUCUUUCCUAAGAAAACCUGAUCUGCGGGUUUGAUGGUUUAUAAAUAAGACUUUCUCUACAUACAUAUUUAUAACUCAGGACCUUAAUGCCGAUAAUGUUUAAUUUACUUAUACAGAUCAAUGAUCCCUACAGCAGAAUUCAUCUGGAAUUGUUGUCUACAUAUUCAUGAAUUUUAAAGGGUAAGACUAACAAUUUUUAAAAAUGAUCAAUACAUUAAAGACCAAAAAAUGUUUUUAAUGUCUUAAAGUAGUUGCUGAGUUCGGAUUUUGGGAAACAAAGCUGCAGUAUGUUGGGAAUUAUUUCUAGUAGAGGAUAAACUAACAUUUGAUGCUUUAACUGGCUGCAUGGAGUGACUUUAAAGAUAUUUCAUUGUGUGUUUGAGGUAUUAAAGGACGUGGCUAAAUGUUGGGCUUAUUUGUGUUUCAGAUAGUGCGUUAAUAUGCUGAGUCAGCUUUAACACUCUUUUCCUGUUAAGUUUCUUUCAUACAUUUUUAAUUUUAUUUUAUUACUAUUAUUAUUGUUAUUGUUUUGCAUUUAAGCUACUUCUGCAUAUUUUGGGCUAUUUUACAUAUUCAAAUAUUCAAACAUUUGGCUCUAUUGGGAACAGUGUGCUCUGAUUUUAAGUAUUUGUAACUUUUAUGCUUUAAUUUUUUAAUUUUAUUUUUUUACAAAACACAAAAAAUUGUUUUAUUAAGAUUAUAGUUUUAUUUUAAAAUUUAGGUAUUAUUUCUGGUCCAGCACAGGACUGGUUUUUAAAAAGUGUUGGACUCAAAAAUAGAUAAAUGCAUGAUAACUAAGACUAUUUAAGCUGAAAACGAUAAAACUCAGUGUUUAGGAUUAGAAACAAAGCUGGCCACCAUGUUCAAAACAUAUUUAUGGUUUCUUGUUAUGGGCAGAAACUUGUGCCAGCAGAAAAUGAAUUUGAAUUGCUCAGACUGAAUCUGUAUAGGCGUAAUUUGAAAGUGAACGCAUUUGAAAAUGAAUUUCACUAAAUUAAAACUGAAUUUAAUGGUUUGAAACUGAAAUUAAAGUUUUGAAUUUGAA